GACUCGGACAGCGCUGCGCCCGCAGGUUGGUUAUCAGCUCCGGACCGCUGGAACACUCUGAGCAGGGACUCUGCACUCCACCGCUUUGUUUUCACUUGGAAACGUUUUAUAUAAGACGAUCAGAAAUUAAGUUUCUUCACUGUGGUAUUCGUUGAUUUAACCAGGAUUUGUUGAUCAGUACCAGGACAUUCACUCUUAUCCCGUGUCCAAAGCUGACCGGCGAGAUUGUCGGUGGAACCGGCCGGGCUUUUGGGGGACAGAAAGAAACCGACGCGUAACUGACACCCAGCCCGGCAAAUUUACAGCGUGGGAUGGUGGAGAUGAGUUUCAGGAGCACGGAGAGUUGGCGCUGCGUUAACGGCACUUGCGCGGAGAAAGUUGAUCCCUUCCCGCCGCCGCUCUCUUCCACCUUCGCGCUCAUCCUCCUUGGCGUCGCGAUCGUCGGCGUCGUGGCGCUGUCUCUCACCACGCACCACUGCCACAAAGGCAAAAUGAAGAGGCGGAAGAUCCAGAGAGCUCAGGAGGAAUAUGAGAGGGAUCAGCUCAGCCCUGUUCCGGCCGCAAGAAAAGCUGAUCACUGCGUGAUCGCGCGUCCUGCCGCCGGACGCACUGAAUCACCGCCUGGCCGUCAGGACCCCGCCGCUUUAUCCGCGCACCCCGGAGCCGUGGAGGCCGGAGCCCUCGAGGAUGUAGCUGUAUCACGAUAACAUGCAGAUCUAAAACUAUAUGGGACUUGUAUGUGUCCUGGAUGCAUUGUGAAACACCCAUGCCGCUCCGUGUUACUCAUAACGUACGUGGGACAUGUCUGCAAUUUCCCCCCCGUUUUCUUCAACUAUAGGAAAAGGAGUUAAAAACAACAUCAACAAACAGCAGCACUCAUUUAGGCUAUGUGAAUGUUUUUCCUGCUUUCAAUAUAUUCGAUAGCCAUCUAUAUAUACUGCACUGUGUGUGGACAUUAAUGGUGUAAAGAAGUUGAACAUCAGGCCAGCUGUGGACUGUAAUGAAGCUCGUCAACCUUGAGCUGCAGUUUUACUGAAUGCUGCUGUCCAAGGUGCUGAUCAUAUGAUCCUCCACACUGACUUGCCUCCUGUACUAGAGCGUUUCUGAUGGAAAAAAUAAAGUUUUUUUUUUUUUUUUUUUUAAUGUAAUACCCGUACGAAUUCUAACAAACUCCUUUUGAAUCCACUGAAAGGCUUUAAGGUCUG